AUGUCAAAACAAGAAGUCAAGAACACCAAUUUACCAACCAAGGAUGAAGACGAACAGAAAGUCAUCAAGACUUUAGAAGAAGACGAUGAAUUCGAAGACUUUCCUGAAGACACAAAGUGGUCCAAUGAACCAAACCCACAGAUCAAUCCAACAAAUUUAUGGCAAGAAGAUUGGGAUGAUGAUGACAACCAAGAUGAGUUCUCGCAAAGGUUAAGAGAAGAAUUGAAGAAGGCACAAAAACCAAGUGCCUAG